CCAUCGGCGCACGGACACAUCAGGUCAACAUACCCUGUGUUACGAGCAGCAGAUUUAUCUAAUUGCCGGCGCUUUUCUGUCACGGCAUUCACUACCUAAAAACGACUGCUUAGCCCUUAGCGCACUGCGUAACUUGUUCCCAAGCACUGUAAUGAAUGCGCGUUUGGUCUCGGUCGCGUGGGCAUUAAACUUUGCUCGUGCGUUCUACCUCCCAGGCGUGGCUCCUAGGGAAUACGAAUCCGGAGAGAAGGUCGAAUUGAAGGUAGUCUUAAUUUUCUAGGUGCUCGAUAUGACGUCAACCACAGGUAAACAAGUUGACCUCGGUCCGCACGCAACUACCGUAUGAUUAUUACAGCCAUAAAUUUUGCAAACCGCAUGGCGGUGUGCAAGCGACUGCGGAGAAUCUAGGGGAAUUUCUUAGUGGAGACCGAAUCGAAAAUUCUCCGUGAGCUGUCAUGCCCGAUUUUUGAAAUCUUUCUAUACACGAUAGGUACUUGCUAUUCAUGCGUAUGGAUGAGUAUUGCAAGGUGUUGUGUCAGACCAAGCUUAAUGCACACAACAUACUACAAUUUAAACGAUCUAUUGACGAAUGGUACCAUCAUAAUUGGAUUGUAGACAAUAUUCCGGCUGCAAGCGUGAUAGAUACGGAAUCAUUUGUAACGACAAGUUAUAGUCGCGGUUUUCCCGUGGGUUACUACGACCGAGUCUCGGGUAAGCACUUUCUUUAUAACCACGCAAACAUCGUCAUUGAAUAUCAUGAAGCAGUUCCUGGUGGGAAUCGGAUAGUGGGCUUUUACGUCGAGCCCUUUUCCGUGCAACAUGAAUUUGUUGGUGGUGUGUCUUGGGAUGGCAAGGAUACGACACCAGCUCUGCAGACAUGUUCGACGGCGGAACCCAUGGAUCUGAAUCAGGCGAAAGAUCAUGCAUUGGCGCUAACAAAAUCGAUCGAGGUGCUGUUUACGUAUGACAUUGUAUGGAAACCUAGCAAUAUCAAAUGGGCUUCCCGCUGGGACAUAUACCUAUCGAUGGACAACGCAGUGCCCAAAAAGGUGCACUGGUUUUCCAUCGUCAACUCGCUCUUGAUCGUAUUCUGCUUAAGCGGUAUGAUUGCCAUAAUCCUGACGCGCAACUUGCGUCGCGACAUAAGUCAAUACAAUCGUCUACCAACUGAUGAAGAUCCAGAGUCCGAAAUUUCAACAAGCGAAGAGACAGGCUGGAAGCUGGUACACCAGGAUGUAUUUCGGCCCCCGACAACAUGUCCCAUGUUUCUUUGUGUUUUUAUUGGGGGGGGCGUACAAGUUCUUGUCAUGGCCCUAUUAACAAUUGCGUUCGCGGCCGUCGGCUUUAUUUCACCUGCUAAUCGAGGAUCACUCAUGUUUGUGAUGCUUGUAUUAUUUGCCUUGAUGGGUACCUUUGCGGGGUACCACUGUGCCCGCCUUUACAAGACUUUCAAAGGCCAACAUUGGCAGCGCGCUACAGCAGCAACGGCACUUCUCUUCCCGGGUGGUUCUUUUUUGGUUUUUGUGAGCCUCGAUUUGGCGCUCGCGUCCUAUAAAGACUCGACGGGCGCUGUGCCUAUUACCAGCAUGGUCGCCUUACUUGCACUGUGGCUAGGUAUAUCCGUCCCCCUGGUCUUUCUGGGUGCUUACCUUGGGUUCCGGAAAGAACCUAUAGAAUUCCCAGCAAAGUAUUCAAACAUUCCUCGGCCCAUCCCUAUGCCGCCUUGGUAUCUUAGCUCCGCUUUUACCGUAACCACCGGCGGCAUCUUGCCUUUUGGUGCUUGUUUCGUUGAAUUAUUUUUUAUUCUCUCCUCUAUGUGGAUGGACCAAUACUAUUAUGUCUUUGGUUUUACUUUCCUUGUCUUUGCCAUCCUCUUGAUUACAUGUGCAGAAAUCACCAUUGUGUUCUUAUAUUUCCAACUGUGUGCGGAAGAUUAUCGUUGGUGGUGGAGAACAUUUCUUACUUCAGGAUCCACCGCUGCCUACGUCUUCGUGUAUUCUUCACUGUAUUUUACAAAGCUAGAGUCCAAUCUUCCGAUUACAUACCUCCUCUAUUUUGGCUACAUGUUGAUCAUCUGCUUCGGUAUAUUUCUUUUUACUGGAACUACUGGCUUCUACGCUGCAUUGUGGUUCAACAUUGUCAUAUUUGGUUCCAUCAAGGUUGACUAAUGCAGGAAUAAAACCCUCCUACAAUGAACACAUUGCAUCUCGUAACAAUCUAGCAGCCUGUGGCGGUUUGCAAGUUGUAUCCCCUGCACAUUGGGGUCACGGUUGAUGAAAGCAGACAAAGAUAAGGCAUGACAUCCGUCAUGAUAAUCAGGACUCACCUGCAGCAUCAUUGUAGUCCGCAUAAUAUAGUAUGCUUGCGCCUCUGAAACAGUGAGUAAAACUUGAAAUACUACCUGCCAGUCCGAGUCACGGUCACGGCCACAUCACAGCGCUUAGCACUUUUUUGUGCCGCGCCCGGACCCCAGGCUCCCAAGGGCGACACUUCGACCAGGGCAUGAAGCCAAGAUACCCUGCAAUGUUGAACCCAAGCUAGGGCAUGAUGACUCGGAUAAAUAAAUAUCUCUCCAUACAUAAAAAAUAGAAUGUACGGAAAUCGUCGUAGCUCUCCCGGCCGCUAUUAGUCUUCUUAGAACCCACCGUAUGAUCGAUAUAAAUU